GCCAUGUUCUGCUGGAUUUAUCUCUGUGUCUGAUGGAGGAUGGCGCCACGUCUAACAGUCUGGAGGAGGAGCUGGAGGUGACCACGUACUGGUGGGGGGAGUGGGCUAAAUGGACCGCCUGCACACGGACCUGUGGAGGGGGGGUGAUGUCCCAGGAGAGACACUGCCUCAAACAGCGAAAGAAAGUCGCUGCUGGGAAGGACAACAUGACCUGCACGGGAACUCCAAAGAAAUAUCAUCUCUGCAACACUAAAGAAUGUCCCACCACCGGGCGGAGCUUCAGAGAGGAGCAGUGCUGGUCCUUUAACUCUCAGCUUUACAGUGGGAGGAACUACCAGUGGAAACCUCUCUAUCCUGACGACUACGUUCACAUCUCCAGUAACCCAUGUGACCUCCACUGCACCACCACGGACGGCCAGAGGCAGCUGAUGGUGACGGCACGGGACGGCACGUCCUGCAAGUACAGCAGCUACCGCGGCGUCUGCGUGGAUGGUAAGUGUGAGCCAAUCGGAUGUGACGGCGUCCUUUUUUCCUCCAACACAUUGGAUAAGUGUGGGGUCUGUCAGGGGGACGGCAGCAGCUGCAGCAGAGUCACCGGAAACUUCCGCCGUGGAGCCACGACUCUGGGUUACUCUUUCAUCACUCAGAUCCCUGAAGGAUCAUGGGAUAUCCAGAUCAUCGAGAGGAAGAAGUCAGCCGAUGUUCUUGCUGUGACCGACCAGGCCGGAAAUUUCUUCUUUAACGGAGCCUACAAAGUGGACAGUCCACAGAACUUCCAUGCAGCGGGAACCAUCUUCAAGUACCGCCGGCCCAUGGAUGUUUAUGAGACCGGGAUCGAGUACAUCGUCGCCAAAGGCCCCAUCGACCAGGCCAUCAAUAUUCUGGUUUGGAACCAGAACGGUCGCACGCCAUACAUCACGUAUGAGUACACGGUCCUCAGAGACUCCCUGCCUCCUGUCCCACCUCCACCCGUCUACACUGGGUCAGACACCUCAGCAGGAGAGGUUUCUGUGGAAGUUGGGGGGCUGCUGGCUCCGAAUGGCAGUAUUUAUGACCAGACGGCCCCUGGGGGCCACAUGGACCUGGGAGGCAUUGAGGUGCAGAAGGGCCAAGAGACAAACGAGGUGUACGAGGAAACGGCGGCCAUUGACUGUGACCAGGACGGGGCAGUUGCUCCAAAAUUCAUAGAGGGAAACAGCAGCAGCACUGUGAACCCGGCCCCUGCUGGGGGGCCCCUGGACCCGGGGCAAGACUCUCCAAACCUCAUCUGGAGGGUCCUGCUGGACGGGCGACUCGGCCAAGACGAGCUGCUCAUAAACAUCUCCACCAAUCAGCUGCUGACUGAGGGGGACAGCUUGUUUUCCUCCGAGGUGGGACCAGUCGGGAUAGACCUGAGCAUCCUGGACCAAGACGGACCGUUUGGUCUGAACGACACGCUGGAGUUUACUCUGGGACGCAAACGCAACGAUAGCGGGGACGGUUCUUCCCAGAACAAGACGGUGCAGAGCGGUGGGAGGAAUUCUAGCCGCUCCAACAGAACCAGGGGCAAUCAGAGGCUGUAUCAGAAGAACCUGAAGCUGAGUGCUGCUGACAUGUACCGCUGGAAACUUUCCUCCCAGGAGCCCUGCAGCAUGACCUGCUCCAUAGGUGUGUCAAAGUCCUUUGUCACGUGUAUUCGCUAUGAUGGUGUGGAGGUUCAUGAUAUGUACUGUGACGCCCUGACCAGACCGGAGCCGGUCCACGACUUCUGUAUUGGCAGAGAAUGUCAGCCCAGGUGGGAGGCGAGCAGCUGGAGCGAGUGCUCGAGGACCUGUGGGGAGGGUUUCCAGUUCCGACAGGUACGUUGUUGGAAGAUGCUCUCUCCAGGACUGGACAGCUCGGUCUACAGUGACCUCUGCACCAUGGCUGACCUGGAGAGACCGAUGGAGAGGCGGCCCUGUAAGAGCCCCGCCUGUGGCCCACAGUGGGAGGUGGCUGAAUGGUCGGAGUGUCCCGCUAAAUGCGGCCGUAAAGCCCAGGUGACCCGGGAUGUCCGCUGCUCUGAUGAAAGCCGACCAUGUGACCCGAUGACCAAACCACCAAACAUCAAGAACUGCACUGGUCCACCAUGCGAACGCCACUGGACGGUGUCUGAGUGGGGACCUUGCUCGGGGUCCUGUGGUCAGGCUAAGAUGGUGCGUCACGUGUACUGUAAGGCCCCUGAGGGCCGUGUGGUCCCGGAGAGCCAGUGCUCACAGGAGAACAAGCCGCUGGCCAUCCACCCGUGUGGAGAGAGGAACUGUGCACCUCAUUGGCUGAGCCAGGACUGGGAGAGGUGUAACACGACCUGUGGUCGCGGCAUGAAGCGGAGGAUUGUCCUGUGUGCCGGCAUCAGUGGAGGAAAGUUCCAGAUCUUUGACGAUGAGGCGUGCGGACUCAGCGAGAAGCCUGAAGAGGAGAACACGUGCUUCGAGAGGCCCUGCUUCAAGUGGUACACCACGCCCUGGUCUGAGUGCACAAAGACGUGUGGUGUUGGAGUGAGGAUGAGGGACGUGAAGUGUUAUCAGGGCAGGGAGCUGGUCCGAGGCUGCGACCCUCUCACCAAACCAGUAUCCAAACAGACCUGCACCCUGCAGCCCUGCCCCACCGAGCCGCCAGAUGAGAGCUGUCAGGAUCGUCCCUCCACAAACUGCCUGCUGGCGCUGAAGGUGAACCUGUGCAGUCACUGGUACUACAGUAAGGCCUGCUGCCACUCCUGCCGCGCCGUACGACCUCCGACCUCCUAGUCCAGGUCAGCGCCGCCUCUCUCCAUGCCGACUCGAACCCCCAGCAGGAGGAGA